AUGGGUGAUAUGAGUGGCGGUGGUAAAGGCAUGGGCAUGGGCAAAGGUGCCAUGGGCAUGGGCAAGGGCUAUGGAGGUUGUGGAAAGGGCGGAGGAGCCGGUGGCCAGUGGGGCGGCUGCGGAGUUUGGCAGCCCAUGUUCAACGCCAUGAUGAUGUCCAUGAUGGGCAAAGGCUCCGGGAAGAACGGCCUGCGGAACUUCACCACGGACCGCAAGGUCUGGGUCUCCAGAAUGCCGGCCGACAAUGCGAGCAAGGAGGUCAACAUGAAGUUGAAGGAGCACAUGUCGACCGCCGGGGUGCCAUGCCUCUAUGCCGAGAUUGGCAAGAGCGGCACCGGAGGCGCCGCCUACAAGUCGAACUCGGAAGCCAUGACCGCCUGCGCUGCCCUGAAUGGUUCCCAGUUCGAGGGCGUGACGUUGGUGUGCCUGGGUGAGAUGGUAACGCCAUGGGAAGUGGUGGAUUUCACUCGAAAAAAGGAAGCUGCAAGCCACGAAGCGGCAGAUAAUUCAGCCAUCUCACAGAGCCAUGGUAGCCAUGGCACGGGCCGUGUGGUGCCGCCACGGGUCGGCUUCAGCAAGGGCAGCGGAGCCGUUUCCGCGAAGGGAGCUGGGAGCGGAAAGGGCAAAGGAGCCGGUGGCAACUGGGGUGGUUGCGGUGUUUUGCAGCCCAUGUUCAACGCCAUGAUGUCCGUCCUCGCCAAGGGCUCCGGAAAGGCCGGAGGCGGCCUGCGCAGCUUCGCGCCAGAGCUCAGGGUAUGGGUGGGCGGCUUGCCGCCCAACAACGUCAGCAAGGAGCUGAACAUGAAAUUGAAGGAGCACAUGUCCCUGGCCGGCGUCCCAUGCCUCUUCGCAGAGAUCGGCAAGAGUGGCACCGGGGGAGCAGCCUUCAAGAACCUCGGAGAAAAGCUUUCUUGCAUCGCAACCAGGACCAACUCCGAAGCCCUCGUAGCUUGCAGCACCCUGAAUGGUUCGCAGUUUGAGGGUGUGACGCUGCACUGUGACAUGUGGAGUCGGAAAACAUGA